CAACAUGGACAUGGGGUUCUCUCCCUAAGGGGAGGGAGAUGAGGAAGAUGACAUCGAUCCAUCUCCUCAGCGCGGGCAAGAUCCAAUCCUUUCGUCCCAUUCGGGAGGAGGAAGUCUCUCUUAUGAUCGCCAAGAUCGGGAAGAUUUGCGAUGAUGAGAGGGAAGGUGGUGGUGUUGUCGAUUUGAGUGAGAUGACUCUCUCUUUAGGAAGCAGUUUGAUAUGUAGAAUUGCUUUUGGAAGAGGGCAUGAAGAUGAAGAGUCGAAAAAAGAAAGAAGGUUUGGUGAGAUUCUGAGGGAGGCUCAAGGUGUGUUGGCGUCUCUAUGUGUAUCGGAUUUCUUUCCUUCGUUGAGUUGGGUGGAUAGAUUGAAUGGAUAUAGAGAUUGGAUCGACGCAACUUAUGAGAAGUUGGACGUGUUCUACCAAGAGAUCAUCGAAGAUCAUCUUGAUCCAAAGAGGAAGAAUGAGAGUGAGAACGAGAACGAAGAGGAUAUUGUUGAUAUAUUGAUCAGGCUUAAAGAGGAUAAAUCUCUAUCUGUUGAUAUCAACAUCAAAGCUUUGCUAGUGAAUAUAUUCACCGGGGCAACCGCGGCCACAGUUUGGGUGAUGACGGCGUUGAUGAAGGCACCCCAAAUCAUGAACAAACUACAACAAGAAAUCCGAAACCUUGCCGGCAAAAAAGGCCAUGUAGACGAAGACGAUCUCCCUCAACUUCCAUACCUAAAAGCAGUCGUUAACGAGGCAUUCCGAUUGUAUCCUCCGAUCCCACUGCUCACGCGACAAGCAAUGCAAAGAUGCACUCUACAAGGCUAUCAAAUCGAGCCCAAGACAGUGGUUUAUGUCAACGCGUGGGCAGUUGCAAGAGCUCCCGAGUACUGGGAAGAUCCAGAAAAGUUCGUGCCCGAGAGGUUCUUGAAUAUCGACACUGAUGUUGCGACAGGACAAGAUUUCGGGUUCCUUCCGUUCGGGGCGGGGCGAAGGAUGUGCCCUGCGUCGUUAAUGGGACUUGUGAAUGUGGAGCUUGCAGUUGCUAAUUUGGUUUAUUGUUUUGAUUGGGAAAUGCCAAAAGGGAUGAAGGUGGAAGAUAUUGAUGUGGAAUCUCUUCCUGGGAUUACAGUGCAUAAGAAGAUACCACUUCUUCUAGUACCUAAAAGAAGUGGCCUUGCUUAA